CACGCGGACUGAGAAGUCGACUUCACACAACCAAAAACUUAAGUUUCUUCUUCUUCUUCGGUUCUAUUCAAUCCACAAAAUCAACCCCCAAUUCGCCGAAAAAACAAAUGACAAAAACCAGUAAAUUCACCCACCAAAUUCAAAUCUUAAAGCUCGCAACACUCUCAAGACUUCUCCUCUUGACCCUAACCAUCCUCUGGCGCGCCCUUUUGUCUCCCUACGACACCUCCGCCUCUCUUAACCCCGACUGCCUCGCCGAUCCUCUGCCCUCGCAGCACUCCAGAAACAAUCCAGUCGGUUCUGCCAUUGAAAACGGCGUCGUCUGGGACAGCGUCUACUUCGUCCGCAUUGCCCAAUGUGGGUACGAGUACGAACAGUCCUUCGCCUUCCUCCCCGUCCUCCCUAUUUGCAUCCGUCUCUUGUCUCAUUCUGUUUUGGCGCCAUUGGUUAGAGUAAUUGGAUACAGAGCAGUGUUGGCGCUGUCUGGUUAUGUUGUUAGUAAUGUUGCGUUCUUGUUGGCUGCAGUUUACUUUUACAGGCUCUCAGUUAUGAUCUUGAAGGACCCUGAAGCAGCAUUGCGGGCUUCGAUGUUGUUCUGCUUCAAUCCAGCGUCCAUAUUUUAUUCAUCAAUAUAUUCAGAGAGUUUAUAUGCUCUAUUUUCAGUUGGAGGAUUGUACUACUUAAUGUCUGGUGCAAACAAUAUUGCUGUUGCUUGCCUUGCUGUCUCUGGUUGUGCAAGGUCUAAUGGAGUGGUUAAUGCUGGUUAUUUCUGUUUUCAGACUAUGCAUCAGGUUUAUGAUGCACUAUUUGUGAAAAAAAGGGUUUAUCUGGCAAUGCAGAUUCUUAUAUCUGGAGCAUUACGUUGCGUAUGUAUCUUUAUUCCGUUCAUUGCAUUUCAAGUAUACGGCUACUGCAAUCUCUGUCUUGGCCUUUCUCCAGAAGAACUGAGGCCUUGGUGCAGAGCUAGAAUACCUUUGCUGUAUAAUUUUAUUCAAAGCCACUAUUGGGGAGUAGGUUUCUUGAAAUACUUCCAAUUAAAACAGCUGCCAAACUUUCUUCUUGCAUCACCAAUAUUGACUUUGGCACUUUGCUCAAUUAUUUAUUACGUGAUGGCACAGCCCAAGCUUGUUUUCUCUUUAGGAUUUCAAACUUCUAAAGAGGGAAAAGAUUUUGCACCUGUGCCUUUUCCCUUAGAGACAGUCUCACUAUUAAACGGUGUGAGUGCCAGCAUUCAAGAGAAACCCUCUCCAAAAACAGAAGGAAGUCAAAAUUUGAGACAGAGAAAGCAAAUUCAUAAAGAGAACCCUGCAGUACUUUCGCUAGAGUAUGGAUCAUCAGUAAAUUCAGGAUAUUUGUCUGUCUAUAUUCUCCCAUUCAUUCUACACUUGAGUUUUAUGGUAGCCACUGCAUUUUUGGUAAUGCAUGUGCAGGUUGCUACGCGGUUCUUGUCAGCCAGUCCUUCGCUUUACUGGUUUGCUUCAUACUUAAUGGUAUCACCUGGAAUGGGUAAGAGAUGGGGAUAUUUGAUCUGGACAUACUGUGCAGCCUACAUCCUCCUCGGCAGUUUACUCUUUUCAAACUUCUAUCCUUUUACCUGAUAAAAACUAAUGUGGUAGCUCUUUUUGAUGUGCCACUGAGAGCUUCUCUCUUGCUAACAAGCUCUCCCCCUUCCACCAUCCCCAGUUGAUUGUUGAAUGCAGGAGCUGCUUUAAAAUUCUUCAACCAGAUUAUGUCAAAAACACAUGCAAGUUACUGGUUAGUUUACCGGUAAAAAUUCGAAGUUGUGGAUGAAGCACUAGUUCUGUUCUCUAUUUCUUUUGAUUCAUUUUUGGUACUGAAAGGGUUGUCGCUUAGAUACAGCAAAUUUUAGUGUAAGAAUGUGUAUAAGAUUAUACUUUGACCCUUAUUAAUUACGUACAUUAUGCA